GGCGACGGCGUUGCCAGGCAACGCUGCCACACGGUCAGCUGACUGUCGGUUUGGGAAGGAGCCUGGGCCCGGACGGUUCCCAGGGAAACCACCACCAACAGUGAGGCCGCGCGGGCGCUGCAGCCGAACGCCAACAACCAGUCAAACGUUAAAGGCGCCGCUGCAGACGAUGGCGGCCCGGUGGACGUCUGCCUCCGAGGCCGCUCUCGUCGGCCUGUUUCAGGGCAAGCGAUGCUGCAACGUUACCUUCGCUGUGGACACCUCGGACGCCACCAGAGCUGUUCUGGGGUCAGUGAAGCGCCUGCUGAUCCAGACCCUGCUGACGAAAGCUUCUCUCGGGGACUCGCUCUUCAACAUGGUGACGUUCUCAGGCCAGGUGAACCGCUGGUCUCAGCACAUGCUGCCCUGCGCUCCUGACACCGUGCGCUCCGCUCUGUCCUGGGUCCACUCCAUCAGCUGCAGCCCCGGCAGGGACCUGCUGGCGGCUCUGGGCCUGGCCCUCAGCGACCCGGCCUGCCAAUCCGUCCACGUGCUCUGCGUGGACCUGCCGGAGCAGCCAGAGGCGCUGCUGAGGGCUCUGCCCGCCCUGGCAGCGGGGAGGCCCGUGACCUUCUUCUACCUGCAGCGUUUGGGCCAGCUGAGCAGCACCAGCAGAAGCUACCUGCAGUGUCUGAGUCACGCCACAGGAGGAGGCUGCUACGUGGUUCCAGUUGGUUUAAACGAAGAAAUGGAGAAGGUGGUUCCUGUGUGUGUGGCUGGCAGCCAGUCGUCGGUACCACCCGGUCCAGUCUGCUGCUGCUGUCCGUCCACUUCACUCAGGUGCAUUGUGGGUAACCCGCUCCGCCCGACUACCUCCUGUGUGCUGCCUGGCCAAACGCAGCGCGCUUUGGAGGUGUUCCCAGGAUGCCGAGUGCUCGCCAGGAGACAGGACGACGGCUUUUACCACCUGGGAAAUGUGACGCAACAAGUGCAGAGCUGCACGGGAGCCUGGGUGGUGGAGUUCGACCCUCCAUCGGGUCCUGGUUUAGACAUCGUCUCUUCCCACAGGCAACUGGUUUGCUCCCUCGACAUGGUGAACUACAGCAGGGUUCAUCCCCCCUGCCUGGUACCUGGUGACCCCGUCCUGUCGCCAUGGGAACCAGACCUGAGGAGAUAUGGACCUGGCAGAGUGAUAGCUGCCACGGGGCACAGAGAGUUUGGAGUUGAUGCCGUUACAAGCGUCCGGGUGCUGAUGUGGAACGGCUGCGUGUCUCUGGUUCCUGCCAGUCUGGUUCUGCCCAUUUCAGCUUCUCACCAUGACCGGUUAGUUCGGGAACUCCAGAUCCCAGCAUGCACCUCGGCUCGACAUAGCAGCUGGGCCUACAGUCGGCCCGUGUCCUGCGGGUUCUGCUCCCGCUGCAGUCCGUGGUCCUGCUCCUGUCCAGUCACAUCCCAAUGGCCUAGCGUGCCUCCACGCAGCUCUAAGUCCAGUCCUGAGAGAACAGAUGGAGCAGUGAAGGCAGAGCCAGAUCUGCAGACGGAUCCAGAGGCGUCGUCUUCACCCCCUUCACCUGUUUGUGAGAACGACCUCGGGGGGACGUGCUCUCCUGCUGUGAAGCUGCGGCGUCAACCACGUCCUCCCUGGAGGUACUGGAGGAGAACUGGGUCGGAGCCGCAGCACAGACAGCCAGGCAGCGUCGCGUGGAGCAGGACGCCGCGGCCUGGGAGCUUCAGCUUCCCUGCGCCGCAGAUCAGCGCGUCGCCCAAUCACAGCUCUCUGUUUCAAUCGCUUCCUGGCUCCAAAGGAAGACGAGUGAAGGUCAGGGACAUUUUGGGAAUGUCGGACUUCACACCUCAGCUGCUCUCUGGGAACGAGGAUGCAACUGUUUGCAGAUGAUGUCAGUGCCAAGACGUUGAAACUCAUCAAUCCAUGUAUUUGUAAAAAUACCAAACCAUUUAGUUAAAAACACUUUAUUUUGAUAUACUGAUGUGGCAGGUAAACAUUAGUGCAUCACAUGAUGCUCAGCUUUCAAUAAAAUCCACAUUAUAAAAUACUCUUCAUAAAUAUGGCUUCUCAUGGUGCAGCAAACAAAAGCUUCUAUUACCAAAAUAAAAUGUGAAGUCUAUGAAGCGAGCAAUAAAGCACAGAGCACAGAUCUGGGAUUGAAUCUGAUGACAACCUGUCUGGUCGCUGAAGCUUCAGAGGAUGAAGGUGAGGUUGACGCUCUCUCCGGCUUUGACUCUAACCAGCUGCGUCUGCCGCUGUGACUCAGGGAGGCUGGCGGUGACGACGUACGUCCCCGGAGCAACCUCCAUGUAGAAGUCCUCACCUGCUGUUGACACAUGAGCCUGAAGACAGGAGACGGUGUGGUUUGGUCAUUUAUCAUUUAUCGAUCUCCCGAUUCUAAAGUGGGAGCAGAUCCCUCCGGCCUUUAACCACGUACCCGUGUCCUGCUCGGUUCUGCAGGCGUCGUCCUCACAGCAGCUGCUUGUCUGUGGAACCUGGACACGUGUGUCCUCUCAGCAUCAUUGGGCUCAGCGCAACAGCCAGACUCAUAGAACCUCUGCAGCACAAAGACGUUUCACACCUGUUUAUUAUUUUAGCUUCAGACCAAAGGUGACGGUUGAAGACUCACCUUGCACACGCAGGUGGUCUGUGCCAUGAACUCUGUGACGGCUGCAAAUGCAUCAUGAAGCUCGUUGUGGCUUCUCUGAAAAAGCAAAGACAACAAAUGAGCUGACGUAGAAACCCAGGAAAGAAGUGCCGAAUGGAUGGAAGACCAGCACCUUCACAUGGAUCCGUGUGUCUUCAUCUGUGGCAGAGCCGCUCUGGGAGGCACCACAGCCGGUCCAGUCCACGCUCCUCCUGGAGGCGCGCUCCAGAACCUCCAGACCCAGACUGGCCGAGCGCCGCAGGGAUGAGUCCAGCCAGGCCUGGCUGCCCAUCAUCAAGUCUGGGACCAAUCCAGGUGACCUGCGCCUGAGUGCAGGUCCAAUAUCCAAUUAAAGGUCAGGGGUUGAAUUUCAACACAGGAAGUUUAAGUGAAAUUUACGUUUUAUUUCUAAAAGCUACUGCUUUAAAUUGAAGCUUUUUUAAUAUUCACCAUUUUACAUGGUGGUUGUACAAUGUAGAGUUCAUCUGCUGUUGCUAAUGUACUUUUUAUGCAGGUACUCGAGUACCGAGUUUGUGCACUUCAUCUAAAACCUGACAAACAUUGUGUUUUAAUAGAAGCUUCUUAAACCGUGACCGCUUAGACGCUGAUCAUAAUAAAGUUGUAAAAUACCAGGCGAGCAGAAGGACACGCGAACGCACCAGAAUGUAGUACAAGGCGCAUGCGCAGAUUACCGCCCCGUUGGACACUCGUUUGUCCUUUUUAGUUAGGCUCUCCUGAGGAGUCACGUGUUGUCCUCACCUGCCCGCUUCCACCGUCAACAGUUCCACCUGGACACGUGCAGCGUGAUGGGAGUCAACGCUGCGCGCGCGGUCUUCAAAUUCGGAGACUAUUCGUCCUCAGACGCGUUCGCUGUGCGCGACCAAACCGACACCAGAACCGGAGUUCAGCUUUGAGCCCUGGUCUCACGUUCCCCCCAUUGAACUCGUCGAGUUUCCUCCGUGGACAAGUGGUUUUCAAAUGACAGCAAAGGAAGUGUUGCAGCUAAGCCCCGCCCCCCGAGCAGAGGACGCCCGGAAACGAACUCUUACACGCCAAGGAAUAAAAGGUAGUAAUUGUUUUGGUGAUUCGGACCAAUUGACACUAUGGAGUGUGAAUAUAGAGCAAAUCGCCCUUUUCGACCAUCUUUAUACAUACAGACACACCAGCUUCAACCUGGACCAGAAUUAAAUUCAAACAUUGCCCCUUUCAUCACACACAAACAGGUCCAAUUACCAAACAGAAGUUCUGGGGGGGGGACAGUGUAACUGCUCAAAUGGUUCCUAAUAAUCACAUUAUUUAUGAUCUGAUCAACAGGUUUCCUACACUUCAUUUGUUUCCAUUUGAAAUGUGUUUAUUUUCUCAAAGUUCAUUAAGUAUUGAUGAAUGAAGUGAAAACUUAGACAUGGUCCCAUUUACACAGUUUAUUUUCCAAAAAAAUAUGGACAGGAGCAUUAUGCCAUCAGCACACAGGCUCCCCCCACCGCCUUGAUCUUCUCCUCAGCGCGGCGGCUGAAGAACUUGGCCUUGACAAUAACGGGCUGCUUGGGCAGCUUGCCGUUGCCCAGAACUUUGUAGUAGCCCUGUAAAGUGACAUGAGAAAAUUUAUAUUAAAAACUAACACUCCUGUAAAUGUAAACAGCAUAUAAAUUUUAACUAUUCCAUUUUUAUGUCCAGACAUUAAACAUAAGGAAGCAAAACUCCACCUACGCUUCAGCUAAUGUUAACAUGCUCCAGCUACACAAUUGUUACAUGCAUAAGGACAACUGCUAUUUUGCUAUAUUUUGGACCUUCCGCCACAGUUGAAUGAAAUCAUCAAUGACAGAUCCCAGAUCAGUUCAAAUACCAGACAGACCAGAAACAGUAACCACUACUAACAAAUGCAACUGCUAGGUUUCCAACGCCACUGCUGGGUCUGUGGUUGACACUAUUAAAAAAAAAAAAAAAAAAAAAAA